AUAAAUAAUAAUAUAAAGUGAUGUAUCUCCAUUAUGUUAUAGUACAAAUCCAAAAGUGUGGGGAAACAUAUAACUUUGCCCACUAGUAUAUAAAAUUUCAUCCCCACUAACAAAUUUUGCCAUUUUGAAAAUGGCAAAUUUUAUUGUCUCAAUAUUGUUAUUAUUAAUCUCAUAUUCAAUAGUGUACCAAAGUAAUGGCGUGGAGGGUAAUAUCGAAAUUAUAAUUGGUGGAGAAGCUCCUUCUCCCUACAGCCCACCUGAUUACGGAGAUUGCCCUGAUUGUUCUCCCCCACCGGAACUCCCUGUUUGCCCGGAACCCGUUCCACCACCACCACCGCCGCCACCAAAAUGUCCUCCACCACCACCGCCACCCUCACCCCCACCGCCUCCACCACCAAAGCGUCAUCCUCCACCGCCACCCUCACCACCGCCGCCGUCACCUCCGCCUCCACCACCAAAGAAAUACCCUCCGCCGCCGCCGCCAACAUUCCCCCCUCUCACACCGGAGCUCCUGGUGGCAGUGAAAGUAAUCGAAAAAUUCAGACAAACAAUAACGAAAGACCCGCUGGGGGUAACGAAAACCUGGAAAGGAAGAAUAUGCGCCGACAAAUCCGCCUACAGGGGUUUCACCUGCGACACCACCAUCUCCGACGGAAAAGUCAGAGUCGCCCUGGUCAACUUCAACGGCUUCAACUUCAGCGGCAACCCACUCGCCCUCACCAACUUCAUCGACGGACUCACCGACCUCAUCGUCUUCCACGUCAACACCAACAACUUCGCCGGCCAAGUCCCCGCCGGAAUAUCCAAACUCCCCACCCUCUACGAGCUCGACCUCAGCAACAACAAACUCGCCGGAGAAUUCCCCAAGCCAGUCCUCGCCGCCACAAAUCUCACAUUCCUCGACCUCAGGUUCAACCAACUCACCGGAAAACUCCCGCCGGCGGUGUUCACCCUCGACCUCGACGUACUCUUCCUGAACAACAACCAGUUCACCGGAAACAUCCCCGAAACCCUCGGCAAAACCCCGGUCCUGUACCUCACACUAGCGAACAACAAGUUCACCGGCACCAUCCCGCACUCCAUCGGCGACGCCGCGAACACGCUGAUCGAAUCCCUCCUCCUGAACAACCAGCUCUCCGGCUGCCUCCCGUACGAGAUCGGGAAGCUGAAAAAGUCAACGCUCUUCGACGCCAGCGCGAACCGGCUGACCGGCCCGAUACCCCAUUCGUUCGGGUGCAUGGAGAAGCUGAGGUAUCUGAACGUGUCGUACAACCAUCUCUCCGGCGAGGUGCCGGAGAGUCUGUGCCGGCUGAGGGAUCUGGAUGAGCUCACGCUGAACCACAAUUACUUCACGCAGGUGGGGCCCGCGUGCCGGAAGCUGAUAAAGAGCGGGAAAUUGGAUAUCCGAGUCAACUGCGUUCUCGAUCUACCGUCGCAGAGGAGUGCGGCGGAGUGUGAAGCUUUCUUUUUGAAGCAGCAGUAUUGCCCGAAUCGAGAGUCGAUGAAUAUCGUGCCGUGUAAAAUUGACUACUCCGAUGAGCCGGUGUCGGAGCCGGGUUUGGGCCGGAAACUGGGGGCGGCGCCGCGCACUUACGCUGCUCUGCAGAGGCCGGGGGUCCCUGGCUAGCUGGUGGUGGGUGGUGCAAUUAAUUAUUAAUAAUAAUAAUAAUAAUCAAUUACUGUCAUAUAUAAAUGUAAUAUAUAUAAUUUUCAGGGAAUUAUUUGAAUAAUUGUUUGAAGUCUCAUUUAAUUAGAGCAAAGCUGGUUGUAUAGAAUCAAUACGGGACCGGGCAGUUGUACAAUUGAACUGAAGAUUAAUCAACAAUCAUUUCGUUUCAUGUAAUAAUUAGCGCGGGAACAUCUAUUUUUUUU